AUGGCCGGUGUGGCAGCUGGUUAUGACGUCAUGCUGUUUAGCAGUCUGCGAAGCGAAGCUGCCGGGGCGAGCUGGGGUGGUUUUGUGUGCCCGUUGAUAUACCAUCAACCUGACGGAUUCUGGAUCAUUGCAUUUGUGACAAUGGACGGAGCAGUAGCUUGGAUUCUGAUGGCAUCAGCACUGACAGUGUUGGCCUCAUGCCACAAAGUCUGCUUCAUUGGAUCGGAGUACAACCCCCAAGCUGGUAUCCCACCCCGUUGGUUCCUGCCGUACAAAGACCCAUGCGAAUGCACAGCUAUACGUCUCGGUGGGAUGCAAAUGCCCGCUUCGUCAUACCGCCAGGGUGCGCCCCACUACCUUAAGGAGCUUUUCCUGAGUGAGGACUCCGACGAAAUUCAAGCUUACUUCAAGUGCAGUCGAACGACUACAGCUAGUGGAACGACUUCUGCUGGUGGAGCAACUUCUGCUCCUCUUGGUAUGAAGGACGGGACAAUCCCUGAUGAUCACAUCACGGCGUCCAGCUUUAUUGAUGCUUCAUGUUGCACACCCCAGAAGGGACGGCUGAACAGUGGCGGUGUAUGGAAACCAUCAAGCAAUGAAGGUUCCUGGAUCGAGGUGGACCUGGCCACCAGUACUGUGGUGUCUGGCGUCAUAACAAAAAGCCUGACAAACAGCAGGUAUCCUGGAUAUGUAACGAAGUACAAAGUGGCCUUUGGGAAUCAGUCCACAUCCAAUUCGACAUAUGUGACAGAUGCAAACGGAAACGCCAAGGUGUUCAAGGGUAACACUGAUCACGACACCCCGGUCACUAACCUGUUUGAUGAGAGUGUGGUGGCGACUGUAGUGCGCAUUGAGCCUACCGAAUGGCAUACUCGGGUUCGUCUGCAACUGGAGUUGCUUGGGUGUCGCCUUGAUUAA